AUGGCACAGCCCGUACUUUUGGGUUAUAUAAUAGACUAUUUUAGUGCCGUAAAUGGGGUGACCUAUAGCCAGGCCUGUUGGUCGGCAGCUGUUAUAGAGGGGGGAGGAAAUUUGAGUGUAGGCCAGAGGCAAUUGGUGUGUUUGGCCAGGGCGAUUUUAAGGGAUAAUAAGAUUCUGGUGCUCGAUGAGGCCACGGCUAAUGUGGACUUACAUACCGAUGCUCUCAUACAACAGACCAUAAGACAUAAUUUUGCAAACUGUACGGUACUUACGAUCGCACACCGGCUCAACACGAUUAUCGAUUGCGAUCGCGUUUUGGUGUUGGACGCGGGUGAGAUCAUAGAGUUUGACGCGCCGUAUGUUUUAACGCAACGGAAGUCAUAUUUCUAUGACAUGUACCGUAAGACCGGUCGCGAGAUGUGCAACCAUUUGAUACAAAUGGCUAAAGAGGCAAAUCUCACACGCUAUAACACUAUGGAAGUGGACGGGGAGGACGGGGAGGACGAGGAGGACGAGUAG